AUGGGCAAGAAGCACAAGAAGCACAAGACCGAGUGGCGCUCGUCGUACGAGGAUUACACAGACAAGCCCCUGGAGAAGCCCCUGAAGCUGGUCCUCAAGGUCGGAGGAAGUGAAGUGACUGAACUCUCAGGCUCUGGCCACGACUCCAGCUACUACGAUGACAGGUCAGACCACGAGCGAGAGAGGCACAAAGAAAAGAAGAAGAAAAAGAAGAAAAAGUCAGAGAAGGAGAAGCAUCUUGAUGAUGAUGAGAGGAGGAAGCGGAAGGAAGAGAAGAAAAGGAAACGCGGAAAGGAGCACUGCGACUCCGAGGGGGAGGCGGAGGACUUCCAUCCUGGGAAGAAGGUGGAGGUGGAGCCUCCCCCGGACCGGCCCCUCCGAGCAUGCAGGGCUCAGCCAGCUGAAAAUGAGAGCACACCUAUUCAGCAACUACUAGAGCAUUUCCUCCGCCAGCUCCAGAGGAAAGAUCCUCAUGGCUUUUUUGCUUUUCCUGUCACGGAUGCAAUUGCUCCUGGAUAUUCAAUGAUCAUAAAGCAUCCAAUGGAUUUUGGCACAAUGAAAGACAAAAUUGUAGCUAACGAGUACAAGUCAGUCACAGAAUUCAAGGCGGACUUCAAGCUGAUGUGUGACAAUGCCAUGACCUACAACCGGCCCGACACUGUGUACUACAAGCUGGCCAAGAGGAUCCUGCUCGCCGGCUUCAAGAUGAUGAGCAAAGAACGGCUGUUAGCGUUGAAGCGCAGCAUGUCGUUUAUGCAGGACAUGGAUUUCUCUCAGCAGGCAGCUCUUCUGGGCAACGAGGACACAGCUGCUGAGGAACCCGUUCCUGAAGUGGUACCCGUACAAGUAGAAACUGCCAAGAAGUCCAAAAAGCCAAGUAAAGAAGUGCUUAGCUGCAUGUGUGAGCCGGAAGGGAACGCCUGCAGCCUGACGGACAGCACGGCGGAGGAGCACGUGCUGGCCCUGGUGGAGCACGCGGCUGACGAGGCCCGGGACCGGGUUAACCGGUUCCUCCCGGGCGGCAAGAGGUGUUCCAGACCGUUCCGUCCACUAGCGAUACGCUGUGAGUCGGGGGCCAGGCCAGACUUCCCAGCACCGAGGUGGAAGACACAGAUGGGCUACCUCAGGAAGAGCGGGGACGGUGGUCUGCUCUACCGUGUGGUCAAUGUGGCUGAGCCUGAGGCUGAAGAGGAAGAGACCCACCCAGUGGACUUGAGUUCGCUCUCGAGCAAGUUGCUCCCGGGUUUUACAUCGCUGGGCUUCAAAGACGAGAGGAGAAACAAAGUUACAUUUCUCUCUAGUGCAAGUACUGCACUUUCAAUGCAGAAUAAUUCCGUGUUUGGUGACUUGAAGUCAGACGAGACGGAGCUGCUGUACUCCGCCUACGGAGACGAGACGGGCGUGCAGUGCGCGCUGAGCCUGCAGGAGUUCGUCAAGGAUGCCGGGAGCUACAGUAAGAGGAUGGUGGACGAUCUGCUCGACCAGGUCACGGGCGGGGACCACUCCCGGGUGCUCUUCCAGCUGCGGCAGAGGAGAAAUGCUCCGAUGAAGUCUCCAGAUGAAGUGAAGGCUGGGGGCUCACUUGGAGACGGCAGCGGCUCGGUUCUGGAUUUUAUGGCAAUGAAACCGUACUCUGAUGUCUCUCUGGAUAUUUCCACGCUCAGCUCCCUGGGGAAAGUGAAGAAGGAGCUGGACCAUGACGACGGCCACCUGAACCUGGACGAGACGACGAAGCUCCUGCAGGACCUGCACGAGGCUCAGGCCGAGCGGGGCAGCUCCCGGCCCUCUUCCAACCUCAGCUCUCUGUCCAAUGCCUCUGAGCGGGACCAGCACCACCUGGGCAGCCCCUCCCGGCUCAGUGUUGGGGAGCAGCAGGAUGCAGUCCACGACCCCUACGAGUUCCUGCAGUCUCCAGAGCCUGCGGCCUCGGCAAGCAGCUAGCCCCACGUGGCCUCGGGUCGGUGUUUGUUUUUAAGAUUUACUUGUACGGAGCUUUUGUCAGGAGACAGACUCAUUUUAUCCCCUUUGGAGUGAGGGAAGUUAUGUCCGUGAUGUCAUGUUGGCGGCUUGCCGCACUCGGGAUUUCUAGGUGUAGCCUGAUGCCCCUGAGUGUGGAACUGGAGGUCCAUGUGUGUCUGCUCCGGGCACAGGCGCCGGCUGCGCUGUGGCUUGUCCUGCCGCCACGAGCCCUGUCCAGGAGGCCCCGGGACACAGUGGCAGAGCAGGCCGGGGCGGGUGCUGUGUGUACCCGUGCACAUUGUCCGAUGUCCAAGGUUGUGGCUCAGGAGCCCCCUGCCCUGUUCCCGCAGCCCCUGCCAGUGGCAGGAGGUGCACUUUGUGACGAUGGAGGUCGUGGCUCUGGUGCCCCCCGGCCGGUGGCAGGACCAGGCCAGCACUCCUGUGUGUCUGGUGUGUGCAGGAAGGCGGGCACCCUGCUGCAGGGGAACACGUUGUCCUACCUUUUAAAAUGAAGUGUUAGUGUCCAUAAAACAUUUUUUAUCCUGGAUGUGUUUACUGGAUGACUGUCUAUAUUUGCAAAACGUUAUAAAUGCAGAUCUUAAUAAAAUGAUGUAAAAGAGUG